AUGAAAAAGGACUACGAUUUAAGGAUAUGCACCUGGAAUGUCCGAACCCUUAAUUGGGAAGGUGCCUCUAUCCAACUGGCGGAUGCCCUCGAGAAAUUAAAGGCUGACAUUACCGCCAUCCAGGAAAUGAGAUGGACAGGACAAGGUUGUUCCAAGCGAGCAAACUGUGAUAUUUACUACAGCUGCCAUGCGGAGAGGCGCGAAUUUGGAUGCGGAUUUGUAGUAAGCCGGAGACUUCGCCACCACGUCUCCAAUUUCACCCCAGUGAGUGAACGGCUGGCUACAAUCCGCGUCAAAGCUAGAUUUUUUAAUCUUAGCAUAAUUUGCGCGCACGCCCCGACGGAGGAGAAGGACGAUGCUGCUAAGGAUGCAUUCUACGCGAGACUCGAGGACACAUACGACCGCUGCCCAAACCACGACGUGAAGAUCAUCCUCGGGGACUUCAACGCAAAGGUUGGGCGCGAACGCAUCUUUGACCGCACCGUCGGUCAAUUCAGCCUCCACGAGACCACCUCGAAGAACGGUUUCAGGCUGAUUGACUUCGCCGCGGCGCGAAACAUGGUAGUGAGUAGCACCAGAUUUCGGCACCUCGACAUCCACAAGGCCACAUGGCUGUCCCCUGAUCAGAAAACGCGCAACCAUGUGAUCAUGUUGUGA